UUACCUCAUGACCGGAUUUUUGACAAUUCACACAAUAUCGAGCAAUUUCUCUCGGUUGGAAAUGACCCUAUUAAUUUCCAGCACUUGAAUCAGGGCAACUCGAUUCUCAACUCAGAUAUUGGCACCGGUGGCGUCAGGGAUCCGUAUCUAACUACCAAUUCCGAUCGAUCGGUCUUUUAUUUGAUUGCGACCGUGGUCUGGACAUCGUCUAACCUAGUGGACUGGAGUGGUCCGUACCUUCCAACUGUCGAAGUACCUGAAGCAGGAAUGGUCUGGGCUCCUUCAGCAGUUUAUGACGUGAUGAAGCAAGGUUGGGAUGUCUUUUGGUCCUCAAGGUUCUACGAUAACCCCUCCCACUCCGGGUGGGCAACCUACGAUCGGAUUCGCACGAGCUUUACAACAGACUUUGCCACGUUCUCGACUCCUAGCAACUAUAUAUCUCUUGCUGACACCUCUGUCAUAGACCAAGAGUUCCAAUACCUUGGCUCUCCUGGAAACUACGUUCGGUUCUUGAAGAAUGUCACGACCAGUCAAGUUUUCGCAGAAAAGACCACCACUGGCAUUUUUGGGACAUGGGACCGCGCUCCGGGAAAUGCGCGCGAGGAAAGUCCACGCGAGGGUGCCUUGGCCUACAAAGACAACGUGGUUGCAGACAAGUACUAUCUGUGGGUUGACGACGACUACAUCCAGUAUAUCGCCUACGAAACGACUGAUAUUCUGAACAAUGCGUGGGAACCGACAAGUGCGAAUGGAAUUCCCCCAUCCAUCAAGCAUGGAUCAGUUUUUCCAGUCACGCAGGCUGAGUAUGACCUCCUGCUCGCAAAGUACCCAGUC